AUGGCUAGUUUGGAGGAUUUGAUUCCUACCGUGAAUAAAUUACAGGAUGUUAUAUAUGACGCCGGUAUUGAUACCCUAGAUCUACCUGUUUUAGCGGUUAUUGGGUCGCAAUCUUCUGGUAAGUCUUCAAUUUUGGAAACUCUAGUUGGAAAAGAUUUUUUGCCUAGGGGUACUGGUAUUGUCACGCGAAGACCACUUAUCCUUCAACUUGUUAACUUACCCGUGGAUUCACCUUUGAUUAACAAUUACGUUGAGCCGCAGACAGCAUCUCAGUCAUUAUCGCAGAAUUUGGGGGAAGAGUGGGGAGAAGGCCGUUCUUCAGAACAUUAUUCAAGACUGAACUCUAAGGAUAAGAGCAGCACGGUGUCUGACCAAUGGGGUGAAUUCCUACACAUGCCAGGUCGUAGGUUCUAUGAUUUUGAUCAAAUUAAACAAGAAAUUGAAAACGAGACAGCGCGCAUAGCAGGUAAAAACAAAGGCAUUAGUAGGAUUCCAAUAAAUUUGAAAAUAUACUCUCCACAUGUGUUGAAUUUAACACUUAUUGAUUUACCAGGUAUCACUAAAGUACCAAUUGGCGAGCAACCUGCUGAUAUUGAGAAACAAAUUCGAAAUUUAAUAUUGGAAUAUGUUGCAAAACCGAACUGUAUAAUGUUGGCAGUUUGUCCCGCUAAUAUUGAUCUAGUAAAUUCUGAAUCAUUAAAAUUAGCACGGGAAGUCGAUCCACAAGGUAAAAGAACCAUUGGGGUGAUCACCAAAUUGGAUUUAAUGGAUUCGGGUACAAAUGCGUUAGAUAUCCUCUCAGGUAAAGUAUACCCGUUGAAGUUAGGAUUUGUUGGCGUAGUCAAUCGAUCUCAACAAGAUAUCCAAGAGAAAAGAUCAAUUGAUGAUUCAUUGCUACGUGAGGAAGAAUAUUUUGCGAAGCAUCCUUUCUACAGGACUAUCUCUACUAGGUGUGGAACGAAGUUUUUGGCCAAAAAACUAAACCAAGUUUUGUUAGCUCAUAUUAGGGAAAAACUCCCUGACAUUAAAGCAAGACUCAACACUUUGAUUGGCCAAACUGAACAAGAACUAGCGUCAUAUGGUGACUGCAGCGCAACAACUCAGGAAAAUAAGGCGGCUUUAAUAUUACAAAUGAUGAAUAGAUUCGCUACAAAUUUUGUUUCAUCAAUUGAAGGUACAUCAUCUGAUAUCAGUACUAAGGAGCUAUGUGGUGGCGCAAGGAUUUAUUAUAUCUACAAUAAUAUUUUUGGUAAUUCUUUGAAUUCCAUUAAUCCAACAUCGAAUUUGUCCGUUUCUGAUAUUAGGACUGCAAUUCGGAACUCAACUGGCCCUCGCCCAUCCUUAUUUGUUCCCGAAUUGGCCUUCGAUCUUUUGGUGAAACCACAAAUAAAGCUGCUACAGGAUCCAGCUCUUCGUUGUGUUGAACUAGUUUAUGAGGAACUAAUGAAAAUUUGUCAUAACUGCGGUACACCGGCUUUGGCAAGGUAUCCGAAGUUGCAAUCUCGGUUGAUCGAAGUAGUUAGUGAUUUGCUAAGAGAGCGAUUAGGGCCAACUAGAUCCUACGUGGAGAGUUUAAUUGAUAUUCAUAGGGCAUUUAUCAAUACAAAUCAUCCCGGUUUUUUAAGUGCUACUGAAGCUAUGGCAGACAUUGUAGAAACACGUAAAAAGAAGUUGGAAGUUGCUAGCAGAGCUGCUGACUUAAAGAGAAAACGUAAAGAUGCUGACGGUAGUUCUAGUGCCAUGAGCGAAGCAAAGAAUGGUAUUUCACCAAGAAUUGAUUCUGAUUCAACGAUGGCCACAAGUGAUACUGAAUCAGAUGACGAAAAGGAUACUAAACAAUCGAAGGAUUCCUUUUUAAACUACUUUUUUGGAAAAGAUCAGCGCAAAGGUGAACAGCUUUCAGAUAUGGGUGAUAAAAAGUCGAUAGCUACGGAUAAUUACUUCAGUGAAGUUCCUGAAUAUCUCCAAAUGGAAGCAUUGCAAAUACGGGAAGCUAGCGGUGAGCAAGGUAACGCAGAACACCCAGAGUUAACGGAGAAAGAAGAACUUGAAUGUGAGUUAAUUAAAAGGCUAAUCGUUUCAUACUUUGGAAUAGUGAGAGAAAUGAUACAAGACCAGAUUCCUAAGGCGGUAAUGUGCUUCUUGGUGAACUUUUGUAAAGAAGAAGUUCAAAACAGAUUAGUUUCAAGGUUAUACAAGGAAACUCUGUUUGAGGAACUGCUAAUGGAGGACCAAAAUCUAGCCCAAGAUAGAGCAAAAUGCCUCAAAAUUUUGGAUACAUACAGAAAAGCCUCUCUCAUUAUUGGAGAUAUUCUAUAG